CGCAUAUCAGCACAACACAAUGUCAUUCGAUAAAAAAGCAGACGAGAAAUUGACUUUUGAGACGUCUGAAAAUGUCAAAGUCGUACCCACCUUCGAUUCAAUUGGCUUGAAGGAAGACCUUCUACGUGGCAUUUACGCAUACAACUUUGAAAAACCUUCCGCUAUCCAGCAGAGAGCAAUCGUUCCCAUCAUCAGAGGUCGCGAUGUGAUUGCGCAAGCUCAGUCUGGUACGGGUAAAACCGCGACAUUCUCGAUCUCAGCUCUCCAGGCCAUUGACACCUCUGUCAGAGAAACACAAGCACUCAUUCUUUCACCAACUCGUGAAUUGGCAACACAGAUCCAAAGUGUCGUCUUGGCUUUGGGAGAUUAUAUGAAUGUUCAGUGCCAUGCUUGCAUUGGUGGCACUAGCGUUGGAGAAGACAUGCGUCGAUUGGAGAAUGGUGUUCAUGUAGUAUCUGGUACACCCGGACGCGUAUACGAUAUGAUUAGACGUCGUAGCAUGCGUACUCGUAACAUUAAGAUGCUCAUUCUUGAUGAGGCUGAUGAAUUGCUCAACCGCGGAUUCAAAGAACAGAUCUACGAUGUUUACCGUCAUCUCCCACCUGCUACCCAAGUUGUCGUUCUUUCUGCAACACUUCCCCACGAUGUGCUGGAGAUGACCCAAAAUUUUAUGACAGACCCUAUUCGUAUCCUUGUAAAGCGUGAUGAAUUGACACUUGAGGGUAUCAAACAAUUCUUUGUAUCCGUAGAACGCGAGGAAUGGAAAUUCGAUACUCUUUGCGAUCUUUACGAUACUCUUACAGUUACCCAGGCUGUCAUUUUCUGUAAUACCAGACGCAAGGUAGAUUGGUUGACCGAGAAGAUGCGUGAAGCAAAUUUUACCGUCUCAGCUAUGCACGGUGAGAUGCCACAAAAAGAGAGAGAUGCAAUUAUGCAAGAGUUCCGUCAGGGAGCAAGUCGAGUCUUAAUUACUACAGAUGUUUGGGCCCGUGGUAUUGAUGUUCAACAAGUAUCUCUGGUUAUCAACUACGAUUUGCCUUUCAACCGUGAAAACUAUAUUCAUCGUAUUGGUCGAUCAGGCCGUUUUGGUCGCAAGGGUGUUGCAAUUAACUUUGUAAAGGAUGAAGAUUUGAAAAUUCUGCGCGAUAUCGAACAGUUUUACAGCACGCAGAUUGACGAAAUGCCUAUGAAUGUUACGGAUAUGGUUUAAGUAAUCUGGGAAAGUAGGAUAAUGAGGACAGAAAGAAAAAAGAACAGAAAGAAAAAACAGAAAGAAAGAAAAGGUACAUGAUGAUAUACUGAUAAAAGAAAAAAUGGUAUUGUGAUGAUACUUCAUAUAUAUAUAUAUACGAUCCAUAAAAUAACUUUGAACAAAAAUAUAAUUCGGUCUACAUAUAAAGUAAAUGAGAGAAACUAUAGAUAACAACAUUUGGUUAAGAUGAAUUGAUAAUGUUUAUUCAUAUACAACCCUAUUUUAUGAUAAUUAUGUUUUCUAUCAAGUAUGAACUAUAUCAUAUUUAAUCUCGCUCGUGUUUCUUCUAAAAUAAACAUAAUCUGUAAGUCAGGAUGAAGCUUCUGAGCCUGAUUUACAAUAUCCC